UGAAGUUUGCGGCUAUCUAACAAAAUAAAACACCCCUCAAAUACCAAUAAUGCAGUGAAAAAAGUGAGGUGGAACGCGGAUAGGACGCGCGCUCCAUGGCCGAAUCAUCGUUCUGAAGGACUCUUUUGGUAAAAACGGACCCCAAGCAUCGUCCCCCGGAACUAUUCACAGGAAAACGGCAUACACACGCAUAUCGACUCCCGGAGCCAGGCUGGAAUGAAAUACGAUAACUGAAACUACCCCUAGCAACAACACACAACUUCAUCAAACAAGAACGCUGUGAGGCAAAUUUUCAACUCCCCAAACUGACGCAACAUUUUCAACGACAAUUUCUAAAUACGAAAAUUGAAAACCAUUAGUGGAGAGAUAGCAACAGCAGCAGUACAAAACACUGCACGCACACACAGCAAACGCAUGUGUGGAGACCCAAUCAGCGUAGCAGAGUGUGCGUGAACGUGGGGCAACCCUCGACACUUGUGGAGAGAGACCAGAGCUCAUCGCACCAACACAUCCACGCAAACUCUACACAGCGCAACGCAGCGACCGAAUGUGCUAGAUUCAGCAGCUCAAGCCCGACCAACUCUCCACACGGGUCGUCAUUGUAGAAUCUAAUACCGAAUUGAAUAGUUCUUUUUGGCUGGACACUGGGGUGACGCAAAAGUGAGAGCCACAAUCACGGAAGCAUCCGGGUACUAGGCCAGCCCUCAGUAUGUCUGUCCCUGUGAGCUGCUACUCUGUCGAUAGCAUGAACAACAUCGACCAGCAGCCCAUCGGCAUCGGCGGCCACGGUCUACACACGUCCACCUCCACCCACCUGAUGAUGAUGGAGGAUGACGAUGACCGCCAGCCAAUGAUGAUGAUGAGCCCACCGACAACCGUUCAUGCGCACGACCAGACGAUGCAUCACGAUCAGCGGAUGUUGUCAGAGGAGGGCCGGCUUGGGACACCGGAUGCUGCUGAUGGAGUUCUGUUGGCGUCGCACGACUGUCGCCGCGGUGGCACCACUGUCACCGGCAGCGGCGGCUCCAUGCACUCAUCGGGCCCGGGCAGCGAAAGCACCAGCUAUCACUACCCGCCGCAUCAUCACCACCACCAUCACCACCGAAACCACCCGAUGAUGAUGGAUACCGCCGCGGACGGCACGGCAUGCGCCAAUCAUGACGAUGGCCAGGACUUAGUCGGAGCUGCCGGGGCAGCGGCAGCGGCUAAGUGCACCUCACCACAUAAGCACACCACCAACACUGCAUCAUCUUCAUCAUCAUCUUCAUCGGCACCAUCAGCAACAUGUAACGGCACCAUCAUCGGAGCAGCAGCAGCACCAGCAACACCAGCAAUGCCAGCACAGACAUUCGAGGAGAUGAUGGCUAAGCUGAGUGAACUGCUCGCCCUGGAACCGAAGUACCAACCGAACCUUUACCUGCCGCAACAAUCAGUCAAUGGUGAAAUCACGAUCGGCACCCGCGAUGGAGCUGCCCAUGUGCUGCGCUGCCUGAAGGUUUGGUACGAGCUACCGAACGAUGUCCUGUUCGCUGCCAUUAACUUGGUUGAUCGCUUCCUGACCAAGAUGAAGGUCCGUCCGAAGCAUAUGGCGUGCAUUUCGGUCAGCUCCUUCCAUCUGGCAGUGCAGCAGCUCAGCAUGCCGAUCAUCGACACCGAGGAUCUAAUUGCUAUUUCGCAGUGCCGUUGCACGUCUCGCGAUCUGGUGCGAAUGGCGGACAUUGUUGCCAACAAGCUGGGCGUCCAGAUGAACUUGGCCCCGGUAACGGCACUCUCGUUCAUCCGGCUGUUUUACUACAUCUUUGAGAAGGCUGCAAAUGCGCUCGGGCUGUCGGAAAUCUUCAAAUCAGCCAUCUCACUAGCCGAUCUGGAGAUGCGGCUAGAAAUCCUGGCGUGCGACGCUAGCUGUGCUAGCAUUCGCCCGUCCGAGUUGGCGCUCGUGAUGAUCUUCACCCAGAUGGAUGUGUACGUUAGCGCGAACAAGGACAACGGUCUGGUACAUCAGCAGAUUCACGAUCUCGUUGACUACGCCAUCCAGCUGCAGAAAUUCUGUCGAAUCCCGGACAGCAGCUUCCUUUACAGUCACAGUAUUGUGACGAAGAUUCUAUCGCUUUACAACGGUCAGCAUAAGAUCCCGUACAAGCAGCGGCUAGUAUGGAAACUUUCAUCCCGUACUAUGCGCGUGCUGCGUCCUACUGACAAGUUGACCUCCUAUUUGCCAACGAUUGCCGAACAUCAUCAUACCCAUGGUCACAUGAGCAACAACAAUCUUAGAUUCAGAACUGGCAGCGUAAGCUCCGAAGACGAUGGAGAAGAUUGGCCAACAUCGCCGAUCGUAGCAGUUUGUGAACAGUUUGUUGACGAGUAAAUGAUCAAACUCGAACGAUCGAAUCGCGUCAACACUUACGCGCGCACAACACUCUCUGUUUUCUCCUACAUAUUAGUGGUUUACUUUCGGAUCGAGUCGUACAUGGUGUGGAGGAAAAUGGUGUUUCAGAACAAAACUCCCAACUCCGCUUCCAAUCGCGAGCGAUUACGAGGUGGAGAGACAGAGUGUCUGCAUGAAAAUAGUAAAAACACCCCUAUCACAAUACUGUUAUUGCGAAACAGGAUGAACCGUUUGAACACCACUCUCUACGGCUGACCGUGUGUUACAUCGGUGUUACUAACCCAAUGCAGAUUUGCUUUACGCUGUGAAGAAAUUUAAAGGAUCCCUGACCAUCCUUCUGAAACCUGACCUACCAUCGAACAAGGUGGACAAUAUUGCUAGGAGGGAAAAAAAACAUGGUUGGGUAAGAUGGGGACAAAAAGGAUAAUAUGCUACCUUUCCGUAGCAUUCUCCGUAUGUGAUAACACCAUCACCAGCUGCAAGAAGAAACAAGAAUCAAAGAAGUGAUAAAUAUGCUGUUACAAAUGUUGACCAAGGCAUCGUGGCAAUACGCAUAAGCACAUACCCAAAGAAACGAUUCCAGCAUGAUUGCACACCGAGAGAGAGAAAUUCGUUGCUUUGGUUAGAUGAACUUAUGUGACACGGUUCAGCAGCGAAUUUAACAUAAACAUCAUCGGGAACAUCAGCGGGGAAACAGCGUGUGUGGAAACGGAGACUCAUCCAACAUCAACGAUGGAGCAAACAAAGCUGCAAGUAUCGGGAAACUACUUCGGUUGGUAAUGUUAAUUUUAUUUUGUUUUCCUCCCCUUUUUUUGUAAGAGAAUGCAUAUUUCUAUAACACUUAUUUCAUUAUAUAGUGUAGAACAAAAAAGAGCAGUCAGAAAACAAAAAAGAAAAAGAAACAAUUUAAUUCGUUGGAUAAGAUCUAUGAAUCGUGUAAGGUUGAGAGUGGAGAGUUGUCGUUGUUUCGCGAUAGAAUUGGUUACAUUGACAUAACGCCUGUUUGCAGGCGGGUUUUUGCAGAACAUCAUUGAACAUUCGUAUCGUAAAAAUGGAACAAACUUUAUUUGAAAUGAAACAAAAAAACAACAAAAAUGAGCGAAAAAAUCUAAAGCAAACAAAACACACAAAAAAAAACAAUAAAAAUCUCUGAAAAGUUACGCAAAAGUAUAUGCAAGCAUAAAAAGAAAGAUAAAAGGAAAAUCAAAAAAAGUACAAAAUAUACAAAACGGUUUAAAAAAAUCCCUAGCUGAUAAGUUGUGUAGGGUUUAAAAUGGCAAUUACACAAGCAAGUGACAUUUAAUAACCAGAGCACAACUGUGUUUUGUGAAGGUGAAUCUCUUUUGAGCAAACUGCUAGCGUGCACACACGUUUCAACGAAAAAAACAUAAAUGGACGCAAUUAGUUUGCUGAAAAUAGCAUUCGCCACCAUCAUAAGGGUUAAAGUGCGUACGAUUAUUAAGGAAUCAUACACGUUUCAAUGGAACACGGAACGACGAGAAUUACGCGACGCUCAAAUGAUGAUAAGAAAGGAGAAGAAGAGAAAGAGAGAGAGAGAAACACGAAAACAGAACAGGAAACAUAUUUGCAAGCAAAGAAAUAGCGAACAUCUUGGAAAGUUUGUGCUUUUGCAGUAUACAGAAGAAAGCAAAAUGAGAGAGAGAGAUAAAAAGAAGAUAGAGGGAGCAUUUUUUUGUUUAUGUUUACAAAUGUUAUUUUGUUUUGUACCAACAACACGAACUGUCUGGAAUAAUAUUGAUUUUCUCGUUUGUUUUGUUUUUUAAAGAACAGAAUUUCAAUACAACGAUUGCAACGAUUUUUAUUGGAGCAACCGAAAGAAAACAGGCAAACAAGCGCGUGAAGGCAGAUGAAACAUAAACAAAAUCCACGGAAACUAAUGUUGAAGAACCUACCAUCUCAGCCACAAGUAAACGAGAGAUAUACCUUUUGAAAGCUCGUAUUGAUCGUAAAGCCAGUAACUGAAUGUGUUAUUAGUGUUUAAAACCAGAACAGUGAAUUACAGACAAAAAACCUAUACCAGACAGAGUGAAAACAGCGCAAGUUCCGGCCAUUCGCGAUGAACAGAUGUGGCUGGUGGAAAGCAGAGACACGGUGGGUGGUUUUCUAGGGAACAGGCAAUUAGUUUGUUCAGCAUACAGUGUUUCGUUUGUAGCAUACCUGUUGCGAAAAGUAUUUCAUCGAAACGACCGAAAGCAAUAGUGUUUCUUACUUUAUCCUUGCUUUCCUUUUUUGCAGUAUGCGAAACGAGUUUAGGUUCCAGAUUUGUGGACCGUGUAAACCCCAAAGCUGUGCUGCAAAUAACCGUACAUUUUAUGAAACUCUAGUGAAAUUUGCGAAAUCGUCUAAUGAAGAAUUAGAUAUCAAAUAAUAGUCAAAUACACACACACUAUUAUCUUCUACGACGGUAAACGACGAAACAAUCCUCUGAACCGAGCAAAGCGAAAAUAUCAAAUAGCGAGGUAUAAAAUACGAACGUGUGGCCCGUCUCAAGAUUUGUUGUUUCUUGCAUCUUGCGUGAAACAUUAAACGCGAAAAUUAAUGCCAAACUAAUACAGCGUCAGAAACAGCAACAUAUGUAAUGUAAACGUAAGACAAGCUUUCCCUGUUUUUAGCAGAUCAUUAUGUCUCCCCGGUGUUGUAGUAGCACGUGUUGUUUGUAGAAUUGUGUAUGUUUUCGUUAAAUGUACAAUAAGAAGGAUGUAGAAGAGCAUUGUCAAAAAGGAAACACUUAUGCGAACAAACAGAAAAGAAUGGACAAACGGUAGAACAUGUGCAAGAGCGAAGAAGGUCGUCUAAACUUUCCACUGCUACCAUCUUCUUACACUGUACCCCCGGAACAAGAUUGAUGAUUUGUUUAACAUGACAGAAAAAAGGUUCACAUUUUUUUUUAAUACAAAUCGCUGCAUUUUGCGUGUGUCCAUUCCUCCGAGGCACGAAUUUGUGAAGGCGUAUGCCCGUUGGAUCAGUCUGCAAACUGUUCGGCGGGGGCCUUACCGUGUUGUUGCUCCACGUUCGCCCAAUCUUAUUAAGUACGGUGAAAUUGAACCUUUUUUUUAUAAAGCAAAACAUUGAAAAGAAACCGCAAUUGAUCUCGAAUAUAUAAUGUAUCCACGUUCGUUUUUUUUUGCUUGCUGAGAAGUAGAACGAACGUAAGCGCGCAGAUUCUUUAUGUGUGUGUGUAUCUGUGUGUCUAUCCUUGUUUCCUUGUGCUUAAUACACAUACAGCAGCUUGGUGGAACGAGCACACCAGUAAGAAGUUUGAUUUACGCUAGUUAAACUUAAAAAAAACAAAAGAAACAGGGACACAAACAAAAGAUUGUGACAUUACUAAAACACAGGACACAUUCCGAGUGAUGAGUCUUGCAAAACAACAAAAAACACCAUCACCGUUAACCCGUGUGUGUAAUAAAGGGUGCCGAAAACCCGCAAAGUAGCGACGAAAUGGCGGCAAAACGUAACAAAAUGAGCAAGCGCGCGAGAAGGACGCGCGUGUGCGUGCUGGUCGAACAUACACACGCGAACAUACAAAAACAAAAAACGAACGUUAGGAAAAAAGAAGUAUUUUUUAUCUGAUAAAUAAGAUUAAUUUAUGAGAAACAAAAACAAACGAUACACGGCGGUAGAGAAGAGUUUUGUAGCAGGAGAAGAAGAAAAUGUGAUUAAAUUUAUUUAAAGUGAAGCAAGUGGAGAAAACAAAAGAUCGAAACAAAUGAAGCAAAAGCAAAGGGGACAACUAGCAAAGUGAUAGAGAGAGAGAGUUAUAGGAAAAUGCUGAUGGUGAACUUCGUUCGAACCAUCUAAAACAGAGUGGACACGUAGAUGAGCGAAUCGAACAGGUUGAGGAAAAGAACGAGGGCAUAAAACGUAGUGAAGUGUGUGGGGCAAACGCGUUCGAGUAAUACGAACGCGUUAGCGCAGUCUUUUAGUGCACGGAGAUGUUGGGAAUAAUGUAGACAUUGUUUGUUCUAGCGCCCGGAAAUGGAUGUGUUUUGAUGUGGUUCCGUCUCGUGGGAUCAUCAUCACCUUUCAGCUAGUAUUGGCAUACAUUUUUAUCCUAUUUAUUGUUUUGUUUCCUGAUGAUGCCUCAGCUGGAAGGAAAUGAUUUUGUUUUCGUACAGUGAAGUUUCAACACAAGUCUUCACUCUUAAUUGCAUUGAAAAGCCCUCCCUUUUCUUUGACCUAUUCGGAAAAUAAAAAGGUUCAAGCAUCCUAGAGAAAGCAAACUUUUGUAAGCGCAUGCGAGAGACGCAACAGAUAAUUUAACAAACAAACAAAAAAACCAUGCUCUCACACGUUCCACGCACACUCAUUCUCAUCCUGAACGUGCAAACAUGUACAGCAACCUGGUGGGGGAUGUCGGGCAAUUAUGCACCAUGCGUCAAAUUGUAAGGAAACAGACGGUGGAACAAUCAUUAUUACUAGUUCCAUACUCAUCUAUCGGUUUUUAAAUUUGACGGGGCACACAUACGCAAGGGAACAAUUCUUGUUGCUGUAGAAUGAUUUGUAGCUAAACACGCGACAAUCGAUAGAACCCGAGCGUACUCGACAUUCAAUUAUCGCGUCUAUCCCCCUCCAUCCUGCUGUGCCCGAUAAUCCAAACCGACAGGAUUUUGCUUCAUUUUUUUUCGAUAUUGUUAAAAUGAUGCACUUUAUUAUUAUGUUGAGUAAUUUUAUAAAUCCCACCUCUUUCAAGAUACUACUACCUUCUUUAUUUUUUUGUAAAUUAUUUCUUCUACACCAUCCCCCUCACACCGGUGGGAAAGAUUUUAAACGAAUUAAAUUAUUUAUUACAAACAAAAACUGCCCCCCUCCCGCCCCCGAGAAUCCCUUACCCUGAAUCCAACAUCCCCUAGAAACAUCCUUAACGAAAAGAGCCCCCAAUAGCUUGAUGAUGGUGUAAAUGCAGACAAAAUGCAAAAACACGUGCAGUUUGCCAUCAUAUAUCGAAUCGAUGUGUGUGCGUGCCGAGACGUGCAUGUGUGGAAAAGUGCAUCGGAAGGACGCGUAUAUCAUGUAGUAGGAAAAGAGAGAAGAGGAGGAGAAGAAAACAACAGAAGCCUUAGAAGAAGAGUAUAAAAUGGCCGAAGGUGUGGAUAAAUAGUCAGCUCAAAUUGAAAAGAAGCACCAGUAGGAUAUAACGAGAGAAAGAGGAAACAUGAAGGAAACAUGAUAACAAAGUGAAGAGGAGAAAAGCAUACAAACACACAAGAGUGCGCGCACUAUCUGUCGUAAUUCUCGUUCGUUUCAUUGGUAAUAGUAAUUUUUUGUAUAUUUUUAACUCUAUAUUAUCUUUAGUGAUUUAGUGCGGUUAAGUAUUCCACCUUCACACAACAACUCUACGACCCCAGAUUUUUCCUUUCCAAGAAUGAGAUGCAAUUCGCAAAAUGACUUGUGCAAUCAUUUCCCCCCCAAACUUGGUACACCUGAGAGGCGAGGUUCAUAGAACGCGAUAUAAUGGGGUGGAAAAAGAAAACUCAUCCACCCGAUCGGAUGAUUAACCAGUCUCCCCUUUCCUUUUGUCUCGGAAUAGCUUGUAAGUGUGGGCAGAGAACGUGUGAAAGAUAAAAAACAGUACAUGCCCAUCCAUCGGAAGAUUGUCCCAAAUAUUUCAAGAGCUCCGAUAGUAGCAAACAGGUCCCAAAUUUAUUCAGUAUCUAUAUUUCUCUCUUCACACACACACACA